AUGGCACCAAAAUUUAGCCCAGAAGAGAAGCAACUAUCUGUAGCGUUCGUAUGUUUAGGUAACAUUUGCCGUUCACCAAUGGCUGAAGCUAUAUUCAAACACAGAGUUCAAGAGUUGGGCUAUGCGCCCUAUUUCAAGAAGAUCGACUCAUUUGGCACAUCUGGAUGGCAUAUAGGCGAACUGCCAGAUUCACGGUCAGCCAAAACUUGCAAGAAACACGGGGUGCCAGUACUGCACCAUGCACAACAAAUCGGGUCCAAGGAUUUUGACAAGUUUGACUAUGUCAUUGGUAUGGACGAGAGUAAUUUAUCUGACUUGUUGUAUAUCAAGCCCAGGGCCAGCAAGACUGUAGUUGAGUUGUUUGGAAAAUGGAGGACUAAUAUGGAGUUUGACAAGAUUGUUGGUGAUCCAUAUUAUGGCGGCAUUGAUGGAUUCGAGUACAAUUUCAAUCAAAUUAGUCAUUUCACUGAUGAAUUUUUGAAGCAGGAAGUAGGAGCUUUAGAUUAG